AUGGAGCUGCACACGCCGAAACGGGAGCCGCGGCCGUCAGCGGAGUCGCUCGACCGCAGUCCGUCGAUGUGCGACACGACGCUCUACCCCUGGAACUGGGGCGAGGAGGCGCGCAACGUGAACCUGAGCCCGGGCAGCUCGUGCUCCUCGCCGGAGUACCGGGAGCAGCACGUCGCGGGACUGGAGGCGAGUGGCGGGAGCGCGAACGGUAGAUCGGCCGCCGGCAACGGUUCCGAGAGCCACCGGCGCGGUCGGCCGCGCGCCGACGCACUCACGAAUCUCAUGAAGCAGGGCAGCACGUCGCCGAGCAGCAUCAAGUGCACCUUCUGCAACCGGGUGUUCCCGCGCGAGAAGAGCCUGCAGGCGCACCUGCGCACUCACACGGGAGAACGUCCAUAUCCGUGUGACUAUCCUGGAUGCAUGAAGGCUUUCACCCAAUCGGGACAACUCAAGACUCAUCAACGAUUGCAUACUGGAGAGAAGCCAUUUUUAUGCACCGAACCAGGUUGUGAGACGAGAUUCACUCAUGCCAACAGACAUUGCCCUGAUCAUCCUUAUGCCAAUCUUACGAGAUCGGACGAUUUUGUACUAAAGCCAGUGUCCGAGAACACGGACGUGCCAUACGAUGUAAGUCGAUGGUUGGAGCGUUACAAGAUGUCCAGGGAACGAGAAGAUCGAACUCCGACUGGGAAGAACGAUCGAAAAAAGAAGACGUGGAAGAGCACCGCCGAAAAUCACAAGAGGAUAAAAUCCAGAAAAGGCCUCAUGAUGGAUAUAGCGGGGGAGCAGGAAAAUCUCGAUCGCACGCCGUCGAAUCAGCGGUUGCGCUGUGGGGAGAAUCAGGACAGUCAGGAGGAGGAGAGCCAGGAUGAGGAUCCAGCGGAGACGUGCUGCGCGAUACUGCAAACAUCCGAGGAUGAGGAAGCGUCGAGCGCCAAGUUAGCCAUCAGCUCGCUGAGAAGACCCUUGGACAGACUACAACCAAAGAAACGAUGGCUACGAUAUGCUUGCUUGGAACAGCAGCUAGACCUAAAUGAGGACGUUAAACCUAACAACGUAACGGCCGUACGCAAGAUUGACGAGAAACAAAUUCUGAGCGGGUUUACAGACGCGCCGCCGCCGCCGCCGCAACUCCAGUGGUACACGACAUUCUUGGACACGUCUGUCACGGAUGAUACAUCUGCAUCGACUCUGAAUAUCAAGCUGGAAAGUCCGCGUGCGCAACAGUUGGAACCUUUAUAUGCUGCUUCUGAAAUGUCCUGCAUGAUAACGCACAACGACGACGCGCCAAGAACAGCGGAGGAAAAUGUAUACGUGCAGCCUCUGAACCAUCCAGAGUGGAACUCGCUAACUUGCUUGUCAAAUGAUCCAAGUAUUUUUCAACCUAAUAUUAACGAACCCACCGUAACGAUUCAAGGUUCUGAAGUUACAUGUUCGCAUUUCGAUUACGCGGAACAGAUCGUUCAUAGAGAGGCACGGAAUCGGGAUAUGCUGGCGAGCUGUUGUAUCAGCGAAAACGAAACCAGACCGACGGUACUGAUGUUGGCUGGUAGUUCUAAUAACAAGGAACGUGUUCCAAAACCACCCGUUGUAAUAGAUCCUGUGAAAACGGAGACGGAAAUAGUUGGCGUUGAGCAGCAGGACGAUAUGAGCAUAGCUAACGUACCGGUACAAGAAGACAACCAGAAAUGGCAGGGUGCUUUGGCAUUGAUGGAAUUAGCUAAGACGCAAGAAGAGGCGAGGAUCUUGGCAUGUCUUGAUCAUAAUGUAAGAGACGAAUGUUCCGUGGCUUCAGACGUACCAUUAUAGCCACAUACGCAGACUGUGAUUACAGGUUAUUGUAACUUUGUUAUUUUUAUAUGCAAGAAGAAGAGCGACGAAAAGCUGUCCACUCAUGUAACACAGUCCAUUUAUCGGCAUACAAACGUAAAAGCAAUCUCUUGCUGUGAAACACAUCUGUUUUCUUUCUUCGAUUUAUUGAUUACUUAAACUUUUAUUAUUAUUCUUACGUGAUGACGUGUGUUUGUUUUAACUCUGAUGGCUUUCUGAAUUUUUUACGUUCAUGUGUUAAUUAUUAUCUAUAUAUAGAAUAUUGAUGAAAACAGGGUAAGCCUGUUUUACCGUUACAAUCAAUUUUCUUCCAUACGCUUAGAAAAAAGCAAAUGUGUCUCAUAGGAUUAAAAGGAAUCUUAUUACUUAUUUUUACUGCAUAAUAAUCGUUUUUCACACAAAUCGAUUUAAAAGAGUAUUGUAAUUAAGUUUGUUUUGUUUUGUUAGCGCAAAACCGCAGACGUGUAAACAUGCAUGUAAGCACAUAUUUACAUGUUUAUUUUUUUUUUGCUCCACAGUUUAUUGUUAUUAUAUUAUAGUAGAGACUUGUGUGAUACUUGAUUUAAGAAUAAUAAAUACGAGAAUGAAAGAAUAAAAGUGUCAACAACA